CUGAAGACAGGAGAAAAUAUUCUGUGGAGACAAUUAGACUAUCUAGGACUGAGACUAAAGGAAAUCAAGGACAUUAGAUUGAGGAAACCACACAAAUGCUUGUUAUGCUUGUAGUUAUAGAACACUAAUAAAAUUUAAAUGAAUAGCUGCAUGUUGGUCAUACUUGACCUUAACAAAAACCUAAUGUCUACUACCUGUGGAAGAGGCACUCGUUAGUGAGGUACACAUUUUCCCUCAUGUGUUCUUAUUUAGGACUCCAAAUCUUAAAAAAUAUGGGCAUUUGGAUGUAUUCACUGACUUCUAAUUCUAUAAAAAAGAAGAUGAGCUAUUCUUUGGUCUACUGAAAAAGGAAUGCACAGAGCCUUAAACAGCCACAAAAUGCCUACAAAGGAAAGUCAAGUGUCUCCACAGGUGCAACGGUACAACCUUUACACUCUGACGGACAGCUCAGAAUGUGGGUCAGAGAAAGAAGAGGUAGACCUUUCCAAUCGCCUGACACCCCUGGAAAAGUUAACACUGGAGAUGUGCAAUAAUGAAAACACGAUAAAGGAAAUAGCCAUGGGCAGAAGGAUAGGCUUCUACAAUGUCCGUGGUCAAAUAGGCUGUGGGAACUUUUCGAAAGUCAAACUGGCCUUCCACGCCCUCACCAAAGACAAAGUUGCUAUUAAGAUCCUGGAAAAGAUGAGGCUUGAUCUGCAGGCACAGAGGAUGCUGUUCAAAGAGAUAUCCAUCAUGGAGAGCUUAUAUCACCCAAACAUAUUGCAACUCUAUGAGGUUGUGGAGACGCCAAGUCAGUUGUACCUGGUUCUGGAGCUUGCAGGAGGAGGAGACCUCCACACCAGAAUUAGCACUGGAGGAAAACUCUCUGACAGCGACAGCAAGAUCGUAUUUGCCCAAAUUCUGUCAGCAGUCAAAUACAUGCACGAGAACAACAUAAUUCAUCACGAUUUGAAGGCUGAAAAUGUUCUCUAUACCACCAACACCUGCGUAAAAGUGGCUGAUUUUGGCUUCAGUACAAGGGUUAUUAAUCGCAACCAAGCCCUGGACACUUUUUGUGGUUCUCCUCCUUAUGCUGCUCCUGAGCUCUUUAAAGAUGAAUCUUACAUCGGGCCCCCUGUGGAUGUGUGGGCAAUGGGUGUCCUCCUCUUUUUCAUGGUGACUGGCACCUUGCCUUUCCGUGCUGAUACUGUAGCCAAGUUGCGGCACAGUGUGCUGGAGGGGGCCUAUGUCCUGCCAACCUGGGUAUCAGCUCCAUGUCAGCGGUUGAUUAGGGGGAUCCUGAAGCCAGACCCAUCAGAGCGAUGUGCAUUGGAUCAGAUGUUGGGCUGUGAGUGGUUGCUGCCUGUGGAACUCUUCCGCCCGCUUCCUCCCUUAUACCAGCUCAACCCUGUUUAUCUAGUGGAGGCUGGCCCAGGGGAAUUAGAUAGAGACCUGGAGGAGGUAAAAGCUCUCCUGGAGGAACUGGGAGUAACUCAGGAACAUAUUCUCAAUGACCAGGGAAAGAGGAUUCACAGUCCCUUUACAGGGAUUUACCGCAUAUUAUUGCAUAGAGUUAAAAAAAGCAGGGGAACAGAGUGUCCCCCAAUGAUCAGUGGAGUUGUCAAGGAUCCUAAAAGAGAUGGUCUCCGUGCAUACAGGAACCUACGUCACUCCUCAAAACUGUGUGUCCUCUCUUAAUCACUUUUCUGUAUUUACGUUACUGUAUUUCAGUUAUCAUGACUUGCAGUCAUUUUAUAUUGGCCAUGCAUUGUUGUCACUA